AUGGCGCGCAACCUCCGUGCUCCGACCGCUCCCUACAGCGAGCCUCUACUCCCACAACUCGAUGUGCAAAGCCCCUACUACACAGACCUGCAUCACAACUUACGUGCCUGGGUCCGGGAUUAUGUCGAUACCUCCAUCGCACCCUAUGCUGCGGAAUGGGAAGCAGCUGGGCAGGUACCCGAGUCAGUACGCCGACGUCAUUGCGAACUGGGAUUCAGCAUCGUACACCCUCUCACAACUGAGGAAAACGCAGCUGGUCUGUCGUUGCCGGGGAAUGUUCCACGCGAUAAAUGGGAUACCUGGUGUUCACUCAUCGUAGGGGAUGAAUUGACCCGCGUGGGCUACGUCGGCGUCAUAUGGGGUCUUGGUGGCGGAAAUGGAAUCGGGUGUCCACCGAUCGCCAAGUUUGGAAUCACCGAGCCUGAUGCUGGGUCUGAUGUCGCUAAUAUCCGAACAACCGCGAUUCGGGACGGUGAUCACUACAUUGUGAAUGGCGCGAAGAAGUGGAUCACAAAUGGUCUCUGGGCUGAUUACUGCACGGCUGCUGUACGAACAGGAGGUUCUGGGAGAUCGGGGAUCAGCUUACUUGUCAUUCCCCUGGCUGCUCCGGGGGUGACUCGUCGACGAAUGUUCAAUUCAGGUGUCAACGCAAGUGGGUCGACUUUCAUCGAGCUGGAUGAGGUUCGGGUGUCUGUCGAAAAUCUCAUUGGAGAAGAGAACAAGGGCUUCGCACUAAUCAUGUCAAACUUCAACCCGGAACGCCUAGCCUUGGCCUGCGCGUCGUUGCGAUUGGCUCGUAAGGAAGCCAUUCAAUCAAAGAUAUUCAAAUUUGGUCUCAUGAUUGAACCGGCAUAUGCAUUCAUGGAGCAGCUUGUAAAUAUCCUCGAGCUCACCAAAGAUCGACCGGUCGACGAUGUCAAGAUUGGGGGAAUGACAGCCUUGCUAAAGGUCAUGUCUACCCGCGCUCUCGAGAAGAGUGUUCGAGAAGCGCAGCAGAUCUUUGGAGGGGCGGGGUAUAACAAGGCUGGAAAAGGAGCACGAGUCGAGCAGAUAAGUCGCGAUGCUCGUGUUCAUGUCGUAGGUGGAGGGUCAGAAGAAAUCAUGCAGAAAUUGGCCCUCCAGGAGGAGACGAAGGCAUUGAGAAGUAGACGAAAGGCGCUUGAGAAACGUCAGUCAAAGGUUUAG